AUGAGCGGCUCUGAAUUUCUUGACACAAUCUUUCCGACGAACAGCCUAUCAGCUGGCGUGUUCUUCUGUGGAAUAUGUAGCAAGCCCUUCAGCCAAGAAAACAGAAGUCAAGGGCCGACAGCCAGCACAGAGGCCCUUAGCGCACAAGUUUGGGCGCCGAGUCUUCUGGGCUUGGAUCCAGCUAAUCCUGAGUCUACUUUCAUAUCAGAGGCUUCGACUUUUGAUCAUCAAGUACAAUGGGAUGCAUUCUCGCAAAUAGUUGAGCUGCCGGAUGAAGUCGCUUUUGGCCACUUCCCUCUGGCGGAACCUGGACUUGGUCACAUAACCGAGGACCUGAUGGUCGGUGACACCGAUUUGUCUCCAUCACCAGAACCAUACCGGCAGAUACUGCCACAUUCGAUGAAUUUUGGCAGGCCCGUGAUAUCAAACACAUCUGGGAUCGUCUUUCCACUUCAAUUCAUCAAGGAACCAAAGCCGGCGGCGAAUAGCAGUGCGAACAUGAUCAAACAGGCACUGCGCUCAUAUCCCGAAAUGAUGCUGCGAAGGUCAACAUUCCCUCCCUUCAUACACCAAUAUCAGGACAAGAGCCAUCUUCCCGAGCCACUAGCAAACUGUAUGGGCAUUGCGAUUCUGUUCGUAUCUCGAAACCCAGACACUAGUUCGUUCUUAUGGCAAUCAAUUCGAAAAGAGCAGGACAGAAACCUCAGCGAAGUUGGAAUAGUGCACUCCACCCUGCCAGAUGACUUGAGAAUGCUGACUUCUCUCAACAGAUGGUUAGAUAUAGCAGAAGAGAUAUCUUCGCAUCAAUACAAGCAGAGCUGA